GGCCGCUGGAAGCACGUGACCCAGGGCUGCAGCCGGAAGCUACCUCGGCGGUAGGCAGCGCCCCCAGCACCUAGGGCUGCGAUGACUUCCGCACUGACCCAGGGACUGGAGCGAAUCCCAGACCAGUUGGGCUACCUGGUGCUGAGCGAAGGCGCGGUGCUGGCGUCCUCAGGUGAUCUGGAGAAUGAUGAACAGGCAGCCAGUGCCAUCUCAGAGCUGGUCAGUACGGCCUGUGGGUUCCGGCUGCACCACGGCAUGAACACCCCCUUCAAGCGCCUCUCGGUGGUCUUUGGGGAGCACACACUGCUGGUGACCGUGUCAGGACAGAGGGUGUUUGUGGUGAAGAGGCAGAACCGAGGCCGCGAGCCCAUCGAUGUCUGACUGCCCAGAGGGCAUGGGGCAGAGGCCCCCACUUCCGAAGACAACACCCCACUUCCCCACACCUUUCUUGGCUUUCUGCCCCUCAUACCAGGACAAAGGCUGGAGACUUUGUGCUGCGGAGGAGGGAAGGGGCUCAUGGGAUUUCCCCCCCUCAUAAUAAACAUGAGUUUGAUGUU